AUGGUGCAGCAUGGAUUAGACUUGUCUAUAGCACCGGGAGCAGAAGAAGGCUUGGAGAGAGAACAGCUCGGGCUUUUCUCUCACCACUAUAGGCACGAUGAAGUUAAGGCAACGGGCUCUCGCCUUUCCCCUCUCUCAGAAGCAGCAACAGCAGCAGCAGCAAGAACAGCACCAAGGCCGAGGUGGAGUUUCAUCGCUGCGGGCGGCCCAGCUGGGAGGUUGGGCCCAUCUUCAGCAGCAACCGCUGCAGGGGCAGCGGCAACUGCAGCAGCAGCAGCAACUCUCAAUUCGCCUGCAGUCUAUGCAGCUUACUGGGAUUCGUUGAUCGGUGUCCAUACCCCUAGAGGGCUGCUGCAGAAGCAGCCCUAUUAUCAACAGCAGCAGCAGCAGCAGCAAAGGUUUGUGCUGCGUGCUCUGUGCUGCUUCGAAAUAACUCUCCCUGAAGACACACGGCGCCGCCGCAGCCGCAAAGGCGCCGCCAGAAAUCCACUAAAGAGGCUCUUGAAGAUUCCAAGGGGGGGCUGGAAGCCCACCAGCAGCAACGACAGCAACGGCAGCAACAGCAGUGGCAGCAGCAAUAUCAGCGGCAGCAGCAAACGCAGCAGCAAGAAGGGGAGCAAGAAAAACGGCAGCAGCAACGCCGGCAGUACCACAGCUCUUCGCUGCCUUGCCAAUCCUGCUGCAGCUGAGGCUGAGGAACCGCACAGUGCUGGUGCAGCGGGAGCAGCAGCAGCAGGAGCAGCAGCAGGCGCAGCAGCAGCAGCAACAGCAGCAAGAGCAAUGAGUGGCCCAACAUAUGUGGACAUCGGGGCAAAUCUUUGCGACCCGAUGUACAAGGGCUGCUAUUUUGAGAAGCAAAAGCACCCACCAGAUAUAGAACAGGUUUUGGAGAGGGCAGCAGCAUCGGGAGUCAGCAAAAUUAUGCUGACAACAGGGGCGUUUGAGGACUUCCACACAAACCUCCAAAUCGCGCAGACAUACGAUUCUGAAUGCAGACGCCUCUUCUUGACUGUAGGGAUCCACCCGACUCGCUGCGAGGAGUUCGCUGCUGCAGGAACUUGCAGCAGCAGCAGCAGCAGCAAGGAAUUCGAGUCCUUUGCAUCAAAGGUGGAGGAGGGGGGCCUGCGGCUGGGUGACUACCCGAAAGUAUAUGUGGAGCGUCUUUUUGAGCUGCACCAGCUGCAGCAGCAGCAGCAACAGCAGCAACAGCAGCAGCAGCAGCAGCGAAGGCGGGUCGUCGCUGUAGGGGAGAUUGGCCUGGACUAUGACAGGCUCCGUUUUUGCGAUGCAGCAACACAAAAGCAGUGCUUUGAGCUGCAGUUGGCUUUGGGCUACUCCUUGCAGCUGCCGCUGUUUCUGCACAUGAGAAAUGCAGCUGCGGACUUCACUGAAAUCCUGCGGCGACGCAAGGGUUUGUGGGCUGGGAGGGGAGGAGUUGUGCACUCGUUUACGGGAACCGCCGAAGAGGCGAAAGAGUUGCUAAAUGAGGGCUUGUACAUAGGGAUUAACGGCUGUUCACUGAAGACGAGAGAAAACCUGGAAUUUGUCCGGCAGCUGCCCUUGUCUCGCAUCCUCUUGGAAACGGAUGCUCCUUGGUGCGGACUGAGGCCAACGCAUGCGGGAUUUGCUCUGCUCAGUGAUGAGCAAAAAUCGGCGCUCAAUGGAGUUAAGCCUGAAAAAUGGACGGCAAACGAUCAAGUAAAGGGGCGCAAUGAACCGUGCAACAUAAGCGUUGUUGGGGAGGUUGUCCGUCAACUUGUAUCCCCCAACCUCUCAGAGAAGGAUUUCGCCGAGCAGUAA